AUGGAUCGUUUUCUAACACACAUUCGUCCUCAAUCUUUAUUUUUACUUUCUCCAACACGUCGACUAUCCUCAUUUAAACCAAACCCAUUUGAUUUAAAAGCACGUAUUGUCGGACGUAAAACACUUCGUGCUUUACUGGAUAUCGUCGAUCAAUUAGAUGGCUCUAAUUUAACAGCACAUCAAAAUUUAGCAGUCCCACCUUUAGUUGUUGAUACAACAAAUCCAUCGCUGAGAGAACCUAAUCCACGCUUUCUACUACCUGGACGUAUUGGACCAGAUCGUGCAUUGAAUCCUACUCCUCGUAAACCAAUACCGAAGCUGGAUCCAAAAUUAUAUGGUACCGAUGGUAAACUUCUUCUUGACGAACUUCUAACAAUGACUUUACCAGUCGAUCAUCAAAAAGAUUCAAUCGCUCAAUUAAUGGGCGCACACAUGAAAUUAUCAUCACCAACAAACAAGAAUGAAUUUCUUUCGAGUCUGAUCACCAAUGAUAACUUAGAAAUUCGAGCAUUUGACUGUCCAGCAUUAUUACGUUAUGAAUUACAUCGUUUAUUCUUGAAUUAUAAUGUUUUAAUGCAACCAUUAACAGCAAUAACAAUCAUAUUGAAGACAGAAUCUGAUAUGUCGGCAUGGUCGCCGAAAAUUGAAGAAGAGCGAGAUGAAUUAAUUGGUCAGUUUAUCAAACUAGCACAUGAAAUGUGUGCUUAUCUUGGUACAAAACAAUACUGGGCAGAUUUUAUUGAUCCAUCGAGCGGUCGACCUUAUUAUGGUCCACAUACACCAGAUACAUUAUUUGAAACUGAUGAACGUUUUCGUUACUUUGGUGUCAAUAUCGUCGAUUUAGGUUGUUGUCGUGUUGUCGAACAUUUGCAACAUGGAACGCACGUCUUCGUCGGCUGUGUAUUUACUAGUGCAUUAAAGAGCGAUCCAGACGUUCAACAUCUUCUCAAAGAAUUUGUUGUUCCAUCAGGCAAAAGUUCAACAGUUGACGAAAGCAACGACAGUGAUUCCGUUUUGAAAACAGUCAAUUGA